AUGAAUAUAUUGGCGACACGAAAAGCAGCGGUGAUAGCGACAGCAUGUUCUGCAAUUUGCAUCUUAAGUGUUGCAAUCUUACUACCUUUGAUGCAUUUCCGUAGUCAGGAAGUUCUAUCAUCCAUGCUUUCACAAGUUGAAUUAUGUAGGGCUCAAUCAAACGAUAUUUGGAAACAAAUAGGUUUAACUGGAAAUAAAAUUCGAAAAAUUCGUUCUGAUAAUUUCAAUAUGCCGUUUGUUGGUAGUUUUCCAAAUGAUGCAUGCUGUGCUUGUUCACAAGGAUUGCCAGGAGCUCGAGGAGCAACCGGAAAAGAUGGCAUACCGGGGAAAGAAGGUGAACCAGGUAAAGAUGGAGUUAAUGGUCGCGAUGGUGUGUAUCUUCCUGCACCUCCACCAGGCGCAAAUAGUUGUCAAAAAUGUCCACCAGGUCCACCUGGACCACCUGGUUUCCCAGGGCCAAAGGGAAAACGUGGUAAACCUGGACCACCUGGCAAGGCAGGAAAAACUGGAGAACCUAAUCGACCUGGACCACCAGGACCAUCAGGUCUUCGUGGAGAACCAGGACCUCCUGGACCAAAAGGACCACAGGGUGACCGUGGUAGAGUAUUAAAUGGAGCACCACCUGGACCAACAGGUCCACCAGGAAGUAUCGGCCCGCGGGGAGUACCUGGUGGCAAAGGACAUGAUGGAAAAGCAGGUCAACCUGGAAAUCAAGGUGUACGAGGUCCAGUAGGCGAACGAGGAAUUCCAGGAGAUCCUGGACUACCGGGUCCACCAGGACUACCAGGAGAACCUGGAUUUCCUGGUAGUUGUUCACAUUGUCCAGGAUUGGCUCCAUCACAAAAUGCGAUCAUUUCUCCUGAUACAAAUGCACAAAAACCAUCGGUAUCACCUUCAGAAUCAUAUAUUCCAUCUGCAGAAGUGCUACAAACUACUGGAAAUUCAUAUUCGAAUUCAAUUCCAGAACAAAAUAAUAGGGAAUAUUUGUGGAUUUUGAAAUAA